GUUUUCACGGUGUUGUCACUUUCCCCAUUACUUCCUCUUUACGCUGCAAGUAUCUGUGCUGAAGCAUGCAUGUGGGGAAGUUGAAGGGGACUCAGUCACUCUGAAAUAGCAACAGAAACAUCAGGUCUGAAUGAGCAGAAAUUUAAUUUUUAAAAACAAGCUUGAAGAAAUGUUUGCACUGAUAAUCACAACCUUGACUCUGACCUUCUGUGCAGUGGGUCUGAAGGCAACUACAGUCCUGAUCCAAUCGCCAGGAGUUGUGAAGGUGCGUGAAGGUGAAACGGUGCUGAUACAGUGUGUCCUGAAGAGCAGCAAUGUGCGAGACACUGUGGACAAAUUCACUGUACACUGGUACAACUCACGCAAUAAACUAAAUCAAGAAGGAAUAGUACUUAGUCUUUACGUUGAUGGCGGUGUUUACAGGUUAUGGGGUUUCUCUGAUCGAUUUCAGCUUUCUCGGAAUGUCACCAGUAACAGCUACUCACUGACCAUCAGCGACGUGAAGACCACGGACUCUGCCGAUUACACCUGUGGAAUUUGGGGGCAUCUCUUUGGAAAUGGAACCCGGCUGAAUGUGACCAGUGCAGAUGUUCCUGUCCUUAUGCAGUCGCCGAGCCUGGAGCGUGUCACUGAGGGUCACACGGCGCGGUUAUGGUGCACCAUGACCAGAGCCAGAGUGGAAGACACCGACGUCCACUGGUACCGGAAACUACCCGAGCAGGACUUGGAGUGGGUUUCAACACAUGAGGCAGGAGGCAGGCUCGCAGUGGGACCAGGUUUCAAGGAGAGGUUCCAGCCCUCCAGGGACACCUCCAAUAGCAGCUUCAUCCUGACUGUCACAGACGUGAAGCCCAGUGACUCUGCCGUCUAUUACUGCACAGUGUGGGGAGACAUCAGCGGGAACGGAACCCAGCUCGUCGUAACCAAUCCCCUGGAUGAUCCUGUCCUUAUCCAGUAUCCACCAUUCAGCAGAGUGCUAGAGGGUGUAACUGUCCAGUUGCAAUGUGCCUUGUACAAUGCCAGUGUGAAUGACACCGAUGUCCACUGGUACCACCAGCGACCUGGGAACAACAGCGAGUGGGCGAUGAGCCACUUUGUGGACGGCAAUGUUAACAAGUCCUCGUGUAUCUCUGACCGUUUUAAGUCUUACAGGAAUUUCACAAGUAACAGUUACAUUCUGAGCAUCACCAAUGUGUCCAUUAGUGACACUGCUGUCUACAACUGCAGUGUGUGGAAUUACAUCUAUGGAGCAGGAACCCAACUCAAUGUAACUGAUGCAAAUCCUCCAAUCCUUAUCCAAUCCCCAAGCCUGGAGCAUGUCACUGAGAGUCAAUCGGCGUGGUUAGAGUGCUCCAUGAAGAACGUUGCAGUGGGAGACACCGACGUCCACUGGUACCGGAAACUACCCGGGCAGGACAUGGAGUGGGUGUUAACACACGAGGCAGGAAAGAGCAUACGAAGGAGACCAGGUGUCACUGAGAGGUUCCUGCCCUACAGGGACACCUCCAAUAACAGCUUCAUCCUGACAGUCACAGACGUGGUGCUCAAUGACUCUGCCGUCUAUUACUGCACAGUGUGGGGAGACAUCAGCGGGAACGGAACCCAACUCAUUGUCAUUAAACCAUAUGAAACGUUGUCUUGGAAAAUCUUGGGCAGUAUUACAGCCUGUGUCGUGGUAUUGGUCCUCUUAUUCUGCAUCUUAAUAAUAGCAAUAUGCUAUGUGAAAAAAUGGGCGUGUUUUCAACACAGAUUAAAACCAGAAGGGUGCUCUACUGAAGAUCUGAACACAGUGUCUGCAACGGUUACAGCUGAAAGGCAGGCAAAGCCACAGGCAGCCACCAACGUGACUGUGUCAGAGGAAUCAGAGAUGUAUUAUGCCGAUAUUCAGUUCCUACGACAGAACACCAAAGGUCCAACAGUAACGAUCACUGAGGAGACGACCGAAUAUGCUGUCAUCAAACGUGCAUAGUGGCUGAAAAUAAUUCUUGAGCAACUGCAAGUCAUUUAAUGAGAGCGUGCUUCUUGCUGGCAACACAUGGGAUGCCAGGACGUCACAUCAUUUUGCAACUUCUACCAGUUACAAUGUGAUCUGACAAUCAGCCACAUCUUCCCCUCCCCACCCCUCUCUGCUUUCUACAGGGAUCACUCUCUCAGUAACUCCUUGGUCUGUUCAUCGCUCCUCACCCAUUUCUCCCCUCAGCAGGCACAUACCUCUGUGGCCACAGGAGGUGUAACACCUAUCAUGGAAUCAUGGUCGUACAGCACAGAAACAGGAUCCUCAGCCCAACUGGACCGUGCCGACCAAGAAUUGGGCUAGUCCCAUUUGCCAACAUUUGACCCAUAUCCCUCUCAACCUUUCCUAUCCAUGGACCUGUCCAAAGGUCCUUCAAAUAUUGUUAAUGUACCUGCCUCAGCCACUUCCUCUGGCAGCUCGUUCCACACACUGACCACCGCCUGGGUGAAAAAGUUUGCCCGUCAGGUUCUGAUUAAAUCUCUCCUCUCUUAACUUAAACCUAUGCCCUGGAUUCUGGAUUCCCCAACCCUGGAAGAAGACUAUGCAUGUUGACUCUAUCUCUGCCCUUUAUAGAACAUAGAACAGUGCAGCACAGUACAGGCCCUUCGGUCCAGCUGACCUAUAUAAAUCUACUCCAUCAUCAAUCUAACCCCUCCCUCUGUACAGUCCAUAAAGCCCAUAACCCUCCACUUUUCUUACAUUCAUGUGCCUACCUAAGAACCUUUUAAAUGUUCCUAUUGUAUCAGCCUCUACCAGCACCCCCCAGCAGUGCGUUCCAGGCACCCACCACUCCCUGUGUAAAGAACCUACCUCUGACAGCCCCCCUAAACUUUCUUCCACUCACUUAAGCUGAUAUCUUCUGGUAUUGGCCAUUGCCACCCUGGGAAAAAGGUGCUGGCUGUCCACUCUAUCUAUGCCCCUCAUGAUCUUAUACACCUCUAUCAAGUCGCCUCUCAUCCUGCGUUGCUCCAAAGAGGAAAGCCCUAGCUCGCUCAACUUUUCCUCACAAGACAUGUUCUCUAAUCCAGGCAGCAUCCUGGUAAAUCUCCUCUGCACCCUCUCUAAAGCUUCCACAUCCUUUCUAUAAUGAGGCAACCAGAACUGAACACAAUACUCCAAGUGUGGUCUAACCAGAGUUCUAUAGAGCUGCCACAUUACCUCGCGGCUCUUGAACUCAAUCCCCCAACUAAUGAAGGCCAGCACACCAUACAUCUUCUUAACCACCCUAUCAACUUGUGCGGCACCUUUGAAGGAUCUAUGGACUUGGACCCCAAGAUCCCGCUGUUCCUUUACACUGCUAAGAAUCCUGGCAUUAACCUUGUACUCUGCCUUCAAGUUUGAUCUUCCAAAGUGUAUCACUUCACACUUUUCCAGAUUGAACUCCAUCUGCCACUUCUCUGCCCAACUCUGCAUCCUGUCUAUAUCCUGUUGUAACCUACAGAAACCUUUUACACCAUCCACAACACCUCCAGAUUUCGUGUCAUUUGCAAACUUACAAACCCACCCCUUCACUUCCUCAUCCAAGUCAUUUAUAAAAAUCACAAAGAGCAGGGAUCCCUGUGGAACACCACUGGUCACCGACCUCCAGGUAGAAUACUCUCCAUCUACCACCACCUUCUGCCUUCUGUGGGCAAACCAUUUCUGAAUCCAGGCAGCCAAGUGUCCAUGGAUCCCAUGCCUCAUGACUUUCUGGAUGAGCCUAACAUGGGGAACCUUGUCAAACACUUUACUAAAGUCCAUAUACAUCACAUCCACUGCUCUACCUUCAUCAAUCUGUUUCAUCACCUUCUUGAAAAAUUCAAUUAGGCUCAUGAGGCACGACCUGCCCCUCACAAAGCCAUGCUGACUGUCCCUAAUAAGACUAUGCUUCUCCAAACACUCGUAAAUCUUGCCCCUAAGAAUCCUCUCCAAUAGUUUGCCCACCACUGACGUAAGACUCACUGGUCUAUAAUUCCCAGGAUUACCCCCAUUACCUUUCUUGAACAAGGGAACAACAUUUGCCAUCCUCCAAUCCUCUGGUACCACUCCUGUGGCCAGGGAGGAUGCAAAGAUCAUCAUCAACACCCCAGCAAUCUCUUCCUUCACUUCCCUUAGGAACCUGGGAUAUAUCCUGUCUGCCCCCAGUGACUUAUCCACCCGAAUGUUUUUCAGAAGUUCCAACACUGCCUCUUUAACCUCAACCUGCUCCCGCACGUGAGCCCGUUCUACGCUGACCUCUCCCUGGUGAGCAUUGAAGCAAAAUAUUCAUUAAGGCUUGCUCUGCCUCCAGGCACGUUUCCCCCUUUAUCCCUGAGCGAUCCUACCUUCACUCUUGUCAUCCUCCUGUUCCUCACAUUCAUGUAGAACACCUUGGAGUUUUCCUUAAUCCCACUCACCAAGGCCUUCUGAUGUCCCCUUCUAGCUCUCCUAAGUCCCUUCUUAAGCUCCUUCUAGCUACCUUAUAACUCUCAAGAGCCCUGCCUGACUUUUGCGUCCUAAACGUUAAGUAUGCUUCCUUCUUCCUCUUGACCUCUAAGAUCAACACUCAUUCUCCUACGCUCCAAGGAAUAAAGUCCCAACUUGCUCAACCUCUCUCCAUAACUCAGUCCCUCGGGUCCCGGCAAUGUCCUCAUAAAUCUCAUCUGCACUCUUUCCAGUUUAAUGGCAUCUUUCCUACAGCAGGAUGACCAAAACUGAACAAAUGUGGCCUCACUUACCCCUCCUCCCUCACCACAGCCCUCCCCAAGUGAGGCAGGCAUUCAUAUGCAUCUCCUCCAGUGUCAUUUAUUGCAUCUGGGCCUCCUCUACAUCAGUAAGAUCAGGCGCAGAUAAGGCGACCGUUUUGCUGAACACCUAUGCUCCUUCCUCCAAAAAUGACCCAUUUAUCCCUACCUGCACUACCAGUUGGCUAGCCAAUCCUCUAUCUGUGCUGAUGCAUUACCUGCACUUUUAAUAUUUGUAGGAACCUUUACAGAAACCAUGUUUAUUGAAUGGCUUCUGAAAACCCAAAUACAUUGAAUGUACAGGAUCACCUUUAUCCUGCUUCCUACAUCCACAAAGAAUGAUAAUAUUUUAGUCAAACAGUUUCCCUUUCAUAACACCAUGCGGAUUCUGCUUUAAAGUAUUAUGAUUUUCUAAAUGUCUUGAUCCAACUUGGGAAAAUGGAUAUUAUUUUCAAACUUCACAAGAUAUUUUAUUAAUUAAAUAAUAAAAUACUAUUCUAUAUGUUAAUCCGAUCCCCAUGUUACUGGGGGUUACAUUCUUAAAAGACCGCCCACGUUGCGAUUUUCUGUAACGUGAAGCCACGUCAUCUGCGCAUGUCUUGAGAAACAUGGGUGAGACUUCUUCUGAUCAAUUCGUGCUGUAGUGUGCAGCAUGUAUUACACUUUCAGGUAACGAGUUUACUCCCUCAAUUUGUAUUGUGUAAAAAAUGCAAAAUAUUAAUUUUGACAACAAAAGCUGCGUGCAGAUUGCUUGUAAGUAUUGAUAGCAAAGUAUCUUAGCUUAAUAAAAUAACAAAAUUC